CCCAACAACGGCUAUUGGCUGUUUGUCCUUUGCAUACCCCAUCAUCGUCCACGUCGCUGUUGUCUUUGUCAGCAGUAGCAUCAUCAUCUGUUGUGUGUCCCGGCCGUUCUUAUUGAAAUUUGUUUUCGUCGUACAUCUUUUUUGUUUUUUCUUUUCCCCUUCGCCCGACAUCAUCUGAAGUCUAUUGAUUGGAAUUUUUCGAGUGCGGCCUGAGUUUCAAUAAAAAACCGCCAACCUGGAACUAAUGGAAUUAGAGAAUAUUGUGGCCAAUACGGUCUACUUAAAAGCUAGAGAAGGUGGUUCAGAUAGCAAUAAAGGAAAAAGUAAGAAAUGGCGAAAAAUUCUACAAUUUCCUCACAUAUCACAGUGUAUACACCUGAAAGACAAAUUAGACAUAAGCUAUGGUUACGUGAUAGACCAGCAGCCUAUUGGACGCAAACUGUUUCGUCAGUUUUGUGAAAGCAAAAGGCCGCUUUACUUUCGGUAUAUCUCAUUUCUGGAUCAAGUGCAAAAUUUGUAUCGAUUUCCAAAAAAAUCUUUUUGUAGAUAUGAGGUGGAAUACGACGAGAAUCGUAUAACGAUAGCACAUGACAUUGGAUGUAGGUUUCUAGAUAUAGAUGGCCCCUCGCCGGCGACACUCAAUAAUGGGAAUACACUGGAGGGGAGUAGCGGUGGGCCGGACGAAGUUCAGCAGCAGGACGAACAUAAAAUAUCCUCAACAGAUACAGAGAAUAUCACAGCAACAACAACAACAUCCACAACAAAUCUUGUAGAGACUGAAUUAUGUAACAAUACCACCGCCAAUACAACAACUACAGCAACAACGGCCACAAUAUCCACAACCAGCAGUAGCAACAACCACAAAAACUUUCAUCAUCACAAUGGCGAUGAACAUGGAGAUUCAGCCGGCCAGGCCCCCUACAAUGAUGGCGGCGGCGGUGGUGGUGGUGGUGGUGGCGGUCUUGCUGGUGAAGGUGCUGGUGGUGGCGAUGAUUCUGAGAUAGGUGAUAAAUUGAAAAACUGCAUUGAUCCCAGCACCACCGUUUUGCCACAGCUUAACGGUAAUUCCACAAACGCCAUUCGAACGCCAUUGUCUUCCGAUGAAUUUGUUUUGGAUAUUCUAAAUGAUGAUCUUAUCUCAAAAGUGCGCACCAAAAUAACCAGCGGUAGCAAGGAGCUAUUCGAACCCUGCGUUAAGGCUGUCAAGGCUUUUUUGGCCGGUGAACCAUUCCGAGAGUUUGAGACUUCAAUGUAUUUUCAUCGUUAUUUACAGUGGAAAUGGUUGGAGGCUCAGCCCAUAACUUACAAAACAUUUCGCAUGUAUCGUGUUCUGGGCAAAGGAGGCUUUGGCGAAGUCUGUGCAUGUCAGGUACGUGCCACAGGUAAAAUGUACGCCUGCAAAAAAUUGGAAAAGAAACGCAUUAAAAAGCGCAAAGGUGAAUCCAUGGUCUUGACGGAGAAGCAGAUUUUGCAAAAGAUCAAUUCGCGAUUUGUUGUCAAUCUCGCCUACGCAUAUGAGACUAAGGAUGCUCUGUGUCUGGUGCUGACCAUAAUGAAUGGUGGUGAUUUGAAAUUCCAUAUUUAUAAUAUGGGUGGUGAUCCUGGCUUUGAAAUGCAACGGGCAAGAUUUUAUGCUGCCGAAGUGGUUUGUGGCCUAGAGCAUUUACAUCAACAGGGUAUUGUCUAUAGAGAUUGUAAGCCGGAGAAUAUAUUGCUCGAUGAUCAUGGGCAUGUGCGUAUCUCCGAUUUAGGUUUAGCUGUGGAGAUUGAUGGUGAGAUGGUUCGAGGACGUGUAGGCACAGUGGGUUAUAUGUCACCCGAAGUUAUUGAUAAUGAAAAAUACUCAUUUUCACCAGAUUGGUUUAGUUUUGGUUGUCUGCUGUAUGAAAUGAUUGAGGGGCAGGCUCCAUUUAGAGCUCGCAAAGAGAAAGUCAAACGUGAAGAAGUCGACCGAAGAGUUAAGGAGGAUCCUGAAAAGUAUUCUAGUAAAUUUAGCGAAGAGGCCCGUUCGCUAUGCCAACAAUUACUCGCCAAAUCUAUAAAGUUACGUUUAGGUUGCCGCAAUGGCCGCUUUGGUGCUCGCGAAGUCAAACUGCAUCCGUUUUUUAAUUGUAUCAAUUGGAAGCGUCUGGAGGCUGGAAUGGUUGAACCCCCAUUUGUACCAGAUCCACAUGCAGUUUAUGCCAAAGAUGUCUUGGAUAUUGAACAAUUCUCGACCGUUAAAGGUGUAAAUAUCGAUGAUUCCGAUUCGAAUUUCUAUACGAAAUUCAAUACUGGUUCCGUAUCAAUAUCAUGGCAAAAUGAAAUGAUGGAAACUGAUUGUUUCCGAGAGUUGAAUGUGUUUGGUCCAGAUGACAAUCCAACACCUGAUUUGCUGAUAAAUGCCAUACCUCAACCAGAUACAACCGGAUGUUUUCCCUUUAGAAGAAAGAAGAAACAACCAGCAAGAACACAACCCAUACCCAUUCCUGAACAUUUAUUAACCACUAGUCACAGUGUUAGUUUAACUACUGUUGAGAGCUGAUAGAAUAUGAAAAUUACCAGAACAACAACAACAACUAUAACUACAACUUCUACUAAUGCCACUACAACAACAACAUCAUCAUAAAACAAAAUAAAAAAAAAAAAAACUAUCAGAAAAAUCUAUACUUUGCGCGUAAUUAACCAAAAACAAAUUAAGAGAAAAACUACAAAAAUAAUUACUUUAAUAAACAAGAAGAAGAAAAAAAAAACCAAACAAAAAGAAGCAUACAUACAUUAAAUCACAUUCAUGAAUUUAAAUGAAAAACUCUCAAAAUCCCUUUCCAACUUGACCCUCCUUGACCACCACUCUACCAAAAAGAAAAACCACACACUCACACAAAAGUAUACUGCACAAAUACACAUAAAAACCAAAAGCCAUAAACUUACAAUCUACCCAUAUUGUUAGAUAAAAAUAUAAGUAAUCUUAUAAUAAUUGAAAAAAAAAAACAAAAACAAUUAAUUACACAGAGAAAACACUAUUUUGAUUGAAAAAUCGAUAGAAUUUAGAUGAAAAAAAUGUAUAAAGAAAAUUAUGCCAUAUUCAAUUAAUAAUUUUAAUUAUUGCUAAAUUAAUUCUAAAGACUUUUUUUUAUAACAUCUGGAGUGAGUCCUAUAUCUUCAAAGUCUUUGCGAUCACAUUCAAUGCCGGCACAUUACCGUUUCUUCGUAGUCUACUAUAAGAAAGAGCCCUCAUACGAUUGCACCGAACGAAAAAUUAAUACCGAUACACCCAGAGAAAAAUUGAUACCAAAAGUGCUAAUUUCAAUACCAUACGGUAUUGAUAGUAAAGCAACACCGUAUGGUACAAAAGUAAAUACCCGAUGGUACGAAUGAAACAUAAAAUGAUUAGUAUCGUUUGGUACUAGCCUUAUUACCGAACUGGUAUUAGUGUUAAUACCAAUCUAUUAUUGGUUUUAGCACCAGACCGUUAUUGAAUUUAGUACCCAAUCAUUAUUGGUUAUUCCACCCCCUAAUGAACCAAAAAAAAAACCAUUGAAAAUAAUUGUAAUCUAAUUUUAUUUCGAUUAUUAUACCCUCCACCAUUGGAUGGGGGUAUACUAAUUUCGUCAUUCUGUUUGUAACUAAAUAUUCGUCUGAGACGCCAUUAAGUUUAUAUAUUCUUGAUCGUCGUGACAUUUUAUGUCGAUCUAGCCAUGUCCGUCCGUUCGUCCAUCCAUCUGUCUGUCGAAAGCACGCUAACUUUCGAAGGAGUAAAGCUAGUCGCUUGAAAUUAUGCACAAAUACUUCUUAUUAGUGUAGGUCAGUUGGGAUUGUAAUUGGGCCAAAUCAGUCCCUGUUUUGAUAUAGCUGCCAUAUAAACCGAUCUUGGGUCUUGACUUCUUGACCCUCUAGAGGGCGCAAUUGUUGUCCGAUUGAAAUGAAAUUUUGCACGACGUUUUUGAUAUGAUAUCCAACAACUGUGCUAAGUAUGGUUCAAAUCGGCCAAUAACCUGAUAUAGCUGCCAUAUAAACCGAUCUUGGGUCUUGACUUCUUGAGCCUCUAGAGAGUGCAAUUCUUAUCCGAUAGGAAUAACUUUCGAAGGAGUAAAGCUAGCCGCUUAAAAUUUUGCAUAAAUACUUGUUAUUAGUGUAGGUCGGUUGGGAUUGUAAAUGGGCCAUAUCGGUCCAUGUUUUGAUAUAGCUACCAUAUAAACCCAUCUUGGAUCUUGAUUUCUUCAGCCAAAUAGAGCGCGCAAUUCUAAUCCGAUUUGGCUGAAAUUUUGCAUGAGGUGUUUUGUAAUGACUUCCAAUAACUAUACCCUGUAUGCUUCAAAUCGGUCGAUAACCUGAUAUAGCUGUCAUAUAAACCGAUCUGGGGACAUGACUUCUUGAGCUUCUAGAGGGCGCAAUUCUCGUCCAAUUUAACUGAAAUUUUGCACGGUGUGUUUUGGUAUCACUUCCAACAACUGUGCUAAGUAUGAUUCAAAUCGGUUCAUAAUCUGGUAUAGCUGCCAUAUAAACCUAUCUUGGAUCUUGACUUUUUGAGCCUCUAGAGGGCGCAAUUCUCAUCCGAUUUGGCUGAAAUUUUGUACAACGGCUUCUCUCAUGACCUUCAACAUACGUGUCUAAUAUGGUCUGAAACGAUCAAUUGCUUGAUAUAGCUCCCAUAUAAACUUAGCUCCCGAUUUUGCUUCUUGAGCCCCUACAAGGCGCAAUUCUUAUCCGAAUGAACUGAAAGAUUACACCAUGUUCAGCAUUUAUUUAUGUUCCGGACUAUAACUAGCAUAACAGUUCUUAUAUUCUUUGUUUGACUAAAAAGAGAUACCGCGCUUAGAACUAGAACAAAUGCGAUCCAUGGUGGAGGGUAUAUAAGAUUCGGCCCGGCCAAACUUAGCGCGCUCUUACUUGUAAAAUAUAGAAAUCUCUUGACAUUUGUAUCGGUUAUAGUUAAUAUCAGAAUUUACGGCGUUCUUACUGAAAUUUGAAGAAGUUAGACCCCUUGAAUCUGUAUUUGGUCCCUCUACAUCCAUGGUUUUGUUCUGCACUCUUAACGAUUACACAGAAGGGAAUUUUGGGUUAUCAUCGCCGAUUUUUACAGUAAUUAACUUGGAAAAACCUACUAAAAAAUGAGGUCAGCCUACCAACCUACCAAAAAUGACACAAACUACCAAUUUUGGCAGGAACCUGCCAAAAACAGCAACACUGUUUUGUGACUACAUAAACAUCUAUUGUGAAUGGUAAAUUAUAAAGAAAAAUGUUCAUAAACGGUAUUGAGUUGAAUUGCAUUGCCGCACAUGUUCUGCAAGAUUUAUAUCACAAAUCAAAGAAAGAAAAAUCAGACAUGACCUUUUUGUGUCCUACUAUUUCUGAACGUUCCAUAUUAUCAGUGGCUUUGUGACUACAUAAGAACAUAAACAUCUAUUGUGAAUGGUACAUUAUAACGAAAAAUUUUUAAAACGGUAUUGAGUUGAAUUGCAUUGCUGCACAUGUUCUGCAAGAGUUAUAUCAUAAAUCAAAGAAAGAAAAAUCAGACAUGACCUUUUUGUGUCCUACUUUUUCUGAUCGUUCCAUCUUAUCAGUGGCUUUGUGACUACUUAAGAACAUAAACAUCUAUUGUGAAUGGUAAAUUAUAAGAAAAAUAUUCAUAAACGGUAUUGAGUUGAAUUGCAUUGCUGCACAUGUUCUGCAAGAUUUAUAUCAUAAAUCAAA